AUGAGCAGUUCCAACGAAGAGUUUCAAGUCUUUGAUGUCACGCCAGACCCCGAUCUCCUAUCGCGAAAGAAUCAGAAACCAGAGGAGAAGGGUUCUGUCUCCAUCAGAAAACUGUAUAGAUACAUCAAUUGGUUUGAUGGGUUAAUGUUGUUGUUGGGGUUAUGUGGAUCACUUGCUGCUGGUAUAUUACAGCCGAUGAUGAUGCUUGUUAUGGGAGAUAUGAUAGAUGCCUUCCAAGGAGAUGGUUCGAUGGACGCGUCUUUGUUACCCCAAAUCCCUUUGUUGCCACUUUCUCAGCAAUAUGUGAUCAACCAACAAAUAUUUGAGAUGGUCGAAAGCACUGUGCACACGUUGGUACUGAAAAUGUUGUACUUUGGUCUUGGUAACAUGGCUGCUGGAUUUUUGCAGUCGUUCUGUUUCUUUGUGUUAUCGCAAAGACAGUCAAUCAAAAUCAGAAUUCUUUACUUCACGGCAUUGAUGAGACAAGACAUGGGAUGGUACGACCAUCAAGAAUCCGGUGAAUUGACAUCAAAAAUCGCGUCCGACGUCCAAGAAAUCGAAGAUGGAAUGUCGCAGAAAUUUGGAAUGAUAUUCCAGACACUUGCUGCGUUCAUUAGUGGGUACGCACUUGGUUUUGCCAAGUCCUGGGAUUUGACAUUAGUCUUAUUAUGUUCAGCUCCAUUCAUGAUGGGUGCCAUGUUCUUCCUUGGUGUCACUGCUACCAUUAUGACUUCUAAAGGGUCUGGUGCCACUGGAAAGGCUGGUGCUAUUGCAGAAGAGACGAUUGGUAAUAUGAGAACGGUGCAUUCACUAAGUCAAGAAAAGUCGUUCUGUGCCGCGUACGAUGCAAAUAUAAACAAAGCUGGAAGGUUCCAUGUGAUCAGAGGACUUGCGGUAGGAAUUGGGUUUGGAGCGAUGAUGUUUGUGAUGAUGUGUUCUCUAGCUCUUGGUUCGUGGUAUGGGUCAUUAGUAAUUCAAGGAAAAGGAGGGAGCCACAAUGGUUCACCAGGGACUGUGAUGGUGGUGUUCAUGGCAGUUUUAAUGGCUACACAAUCAUUGGCGAUGAUUGCAAUUCCUCUGAAUGUAUUGUCCACUGCAAGAGGUGCAGCGUUUAGAAUUUACAAUACCAUUGACAGAAUUCCGGAUAUAGAUGCUACGACAAAUGUUGGGUUAAAGCCUGAAGUGUGCAAUGGGAAUAUUACACUCGAAGAUGUUCAAUUUAGAUAUCCAACGCGACCAACUAAACAGAUAUUGGGAGGACUCGACUUAUCAAUUCCGAAUGGAAAUACUAUAGCUUUAGUAGGAGCGUCUGGAUGUGGGAAGAGCACAACUAUUCAAUUAGUCCAACGGUUGUACGACCCCGUUGGUGGGUCUGUUAAGUUAGACGGGAAUGAUCUCCGCAGUUUGAAUUUGAAAUGGUUACGAAAUCAAAUUGGAUUAGUCGGGCAAGAACCCGUCUUGUUUGCUUGUACGAUUAAACAAAACAUUUUGCUUGGAGCGAAGGAUGAUGAAACCCCGACAGAGGACGAUGUGAUUGAGUGCGCUAAAAUGGCGAAUGCGCACGACUUUAUUAUGCACUUGCCUGACAAAUAUGACACGUUAGUGGGAGAAAAGGGUGCAUCCCUUUCUGGAGGACAGAAGCAGCGAAUUGCGAUAGCAAGAGCAUUGAUUCGUCGACCGAAGAUCUUAUUACUUGAUGAGGCAACAAGUGCACUUGACACUCAAUCGGAGAAAAUAGUCCAACAAGCUCUUGAGAAAGCAUCUGAAGGAAGAACGACUAUCGUUGUGGCUCAUCGACUUACCACCGUCAAAAAUGCGAGUAGAAUUUGUGUGUUCCAUCAAGGCGAAAUUAUCGAGUCGGGGACCCACCAAGAGUUAAUGGAUCUCAAAGGAACUUACUAUGGAUUGGUCAAAAGACAAUCAAUGGAAGAAGAAGUCGACCAAGACCAAGUGGAAGAAGACCUCAAGAAGUUCAGAGAAGAAGAAAACAAAGAAGCUGAGACGAUGAUGUUGCACAAGGAGAAUACUGUUACUAUGGAGCCUGCAAAUAUUGUUGAAGAGUUAGAAAGUGACUAUAACAAUGAAGUCAAACAUCUGAAGAAAUCGAAUCAAUUUGCGCUAUGGAGAACGUUAUGGGACAACUUCUCGCAUGAGUAUAUAAUGUGUACGUUAGGUCUUAUAGGUGGUAUUGGUGGAGGUGCCAUCUUCCCGUUCUUCACAUUGAAGUUCAUUGAUAUUAUUAUGGUGUUGAUGGUAUUGAGUCCAUCAGUUCCUAUUACAGACGAACAACAGCACACCAUCUUUAAGACGUGUAUGAUCAUUAUUGGUAUUGGAGCCGGUGCGUUCUGUGCAUUCUUCUUGUAUAUUGGGUUGAUGCUGUCAGCUGGAGAAAAGAUGUUGACCCGAAUGCGACGUAAUUUCUACAAAGCAAUUAUUCGACAAGACGUCUCGUGGUUUGAUCGAAAGGAAAACAUGGUAGGCGCAGUCACUACACGGCUUUCCGCUGAUCCGACAACAGUCAAAGGUAUUUCAGGGGAGAGAGUUGGGAAUGUUAUUCAACUUCUUUCGACGUGUGGAUUUGCUCUUGGCAUUGCGUUUUAUUAUGAAUGGAAGACGGCUUUAUGUAUUUUGGCGGUCACCCCUGUGUUGAUGGUGAUUGUGUUCAUUAACGGGAAAUUGAACAAACAGCAAUCGUCGCCGGCAACUAUUGCAUAUGAGAAGUCUGGGAUUACUUUGGUUGAAGCUGUCGAGUCGGUGAGAACUAUUCAUACCUUAACAAAAGAGCCAUAUUUCAUUAAGAAGUAUGUCAGCGACUUACAUAAACCAUUGAUUGGGAUCUAUAAGUGGGGACCAUCUCUUGCGAUCACACAAGCGUUGAACAACUUGGUUACAUUCUGUAUCAACUCAUAUGGAUUUUACAUUGGUGUAGUCAUCUUGAAGAAGAACUUGAAUUUCCAGGUGCCAUUUAUGGAGUAUUAUGUUGCUUUUAUGGACGGGUUCAUGCGGAUGCAGAAGGCGAUGAUGUCUGUAGUCUUUGCGGCACAAAGUGUCGGGAACUUUGGAACGAUAGUACCGGAUAUUGGAAAGGCGAUAGAAGCUGCGAAGAAAACGUUUGAUGUCAUCGAUCGAGUGCCUAAGAUAGACGUGUACAAUGAAACGGGAGAUAUAUUUGAAGGAGUUGAAGGGGACGUUGAGUUCAAAGACAUUUGUUUCCGAUAUCCGUCGCGUCCGGAGAACUCUGUUUUGAAGGGGAUUUCAUUCAAAGCUGAGAAAGGAAAGACUGUUGCAUUGGUAGGUGCAUCUGGGUGUGGGAAGAGUACUUCUGUCCAAUUGAUUGAACGAUUCUAUGACCCAACACAUGGAGAAGUCUUGUUGGACGGACAUAAUGUGAAAGGAUUAAACAUCCAAUUCCUUAGAAACCAAAUUGGGAUGGUCGGACAAGAGCCAGUGCUCUUUGCUGAGACCGUGAUGGAAAAUAUUAAAAGAGGCAUUCCAAAAGGAAUGGAAGUCACUAAUGAUGAUAUAUAUGCCGCAGCAAAAAUGGCGAACGCGCACGAUUUUAUUAGUGCGAUGCCAGAGGGGUAUAACACAGAAGUCGGAGAUAGAGGAAGUCAGAUGUCUGGAGGACAGAAACAACGAAUUGCAAUCGCAAGAGCGUUAAUCAGAAAUCCAAAGGUCUUGUUACUUGAUGAGGCAACAAGUGCACUUGACUCUGAGUCAGAAAAAAUUGUACAAGACGCUUUGGAUAAAGCAUCGAAGGGAAGGACAACUAUUGUCAUUGCUCACCGAUUGUCAACUAUUCAGGGCGCAGAUCAGAUUUGUGUUAUUAUGAGAGGAAAAAUUGCUGAGAGAGGAACGCACGAGGAGUUGUUGAAGUUGAAAGGAUUCUACUAUACUCUCGCCAUGCAACAGUUCGGAAGUGUUUAA